CCUCUUCCCUUCGGUGCGUCUCGGUCCGCCCGCAGCAGUCUCCUUCUCGUCUAGGUUUCACUACAGAGAUGGCUGCUAAAGUGUGCAGAUCAGUACUCCUGUUGUCCCGGAGCAGCGGAGCGGUGGCCGGCAGCCUCCCCGCACUUGUUGUCUCUUCACAGCGACAUCAUCAGCACAUAAGACCGCAGGAUGUACUGUCUGCUCCUUUCACCCGUCAGACUGUCAGGAGAGCACAUGGGCUACGGUCAGCGGCCCACUCCACACUCUUCACCCAGCCUCCCAGUGCCCUGUCUCCACAGGUUUGGAGGGGCGGCCCCUCAUGGCAUGGCCAGAGACUGUUGUGUUCAACCGCUGCUCCAGAAGAGGUGACAGUGGUGUAUCAGAACGGGCUGCCGGUGAUCUCAGUCAGUUUGCCGUCCAGGCGAGAGCGCUGUCAGUUCACCCUCAAGCCUCUCAGCGACUGUGUGGGAGUUUUCCUGCAACAGCUCCAGGCAGAGGACAGAGGCAUCGACCGGGUAGCCAUCUACUCCAUGGAUGGAGCGAGGGUUGCCUCCUCCACAGGUAUAGACAUCCUGCUGCUGGAUGACUUCAAGCUCGUCAUUAAUGACACCACACACCUAGUGCGGCCACCAAGGAGAGAGCUGCUGCCCCACGAGGAGGCAGAAAGGCUGAAUGACGUCAAGUUUCUGGUGCAGCAGCUCUAUACCACCCUGCGCAUUGAGGAGCACCAACUUAGCAAAGAGCGUGAGCUGAUUGGACGACUGGAGGACCUCAACUCUCAACUCCGCCCCUUAGAGAAGGUGAGGGAGGAAUUGAGUAAGAAGGCAGAGCGGCGUACCACCUGGGUGCUGUGGGGCGGCAUGGCGUACAUGGCCACCCAGUUCGGCAUCCUGGCCCGGCUCACCUGGUGGGAGUACUCCUGGGAUAUCAUGGAGCCCGUCACCUACUUUAUUACUUAUGGCACAGCCAUGGCCAUGUAUGCCUACUUCGUGCUUACGCGCCAGGAGUAUGUUUACCCCGACGCUAGAGACAGACAGUAUCUGCUGUUCUUCCACAAGGGGGUGAAAAGGACACGCUUCGACAUUGAGAAGUACAACAAGCUGAAGGAUGAUAUCGCUGAGGUGGAGUUGGAUCUGAAGCGUCUUCGGGACCCGCUCCAGCUCCAGCUCCCAGUUCAGCAGCUCACCGCCAGUAAAAAUUGAUGGAAGGAGUGACUCCCUCCUCUCUCAGCUCCUACAAGCCCCUUACCCUCUUCCCUCCUGUCAUCCAACACCCUUCUCCGACCCCUUUUACCCCCAGCUAUUUCUCAGACCACCCCCUCCCCUCCCACACCCAAUAAUCCCAUCCCUUUCUUGACUGUGGGAGUUAGUUUUUUGGUUUUGUUUUGUUUUGUUUGAUUUUUUUUUCUGUUUUUUCUUUUUACUUUCCUGACUGAAAACUCCAGUUGGAAUUGCAAGUUAAAACCGCUUAAAGACGAAGAAGGAUGGUGAGAAUACCCAGGAACUGAAAAACUACAGCUGAAGGUUGGUGAGGAUGAUGAAAAGGACGAUGAUGAUGAUGAUGAUGAUGAUGAUGAUGAUGAUGAUGAUGAUGAUGAUGAUGAUGAUGAUGAUGCUUAUGAUGAUGGAAUACAACUGGGCACUAUGGAUAUGCCUCAAAUCUUCAGAGGGACAGCCUGCAGGGAACUCCAGGGGGAAAAUAGGAAUAAUCACACCUCUAGACGCUCCAGGACAGAGGACAAGCAGAGGGGCAUUGUUGAGUCUGUGUGUGUGUGUGUGUGUGUGUGUGUGUGUGCAUGCAUGUGUGCGCGCGUGUGUAUGUGCGUGUGUGUGUGUGUGUGUGUGUGUAUGUGUGUGUGUGGGACUUUCAGGGUACUCUGGGACACCGACCCUGGCCACACUGCGGGUCGACGCAGCAGUACAGUCCCGCUUCCUUGAGCAGUCAAACUGUCAACACACACACCUUCUCUUGGCUGGGGCAGGCUCCAGGGGGACUCUCUAUCCCACAUGUUAAAGUUUACAAGGAAGUCCUGACUGCAGUUGCACCAUCAGGGAGACCGUGGUCUUCCUGUAGCUGAACUCUGCUGCCUCUCCCUCCCUGGGCCACGCCUCCUCCAGGUGACGGACAGGUGUCCUUCCCCGUGUGACCUUCCCAGUGUGACCUUUGUCAGGAGCUUGUCUCGACUCGCAGGAUGAAGGCAUGGCGACGCCUCGUUUUUCCUCUUCCUGUUGACGUCCUGUAGCGGCCCGGUCUGCGCAAGUAUGAGAGUACUACCGACAACAACAUCACUGUGUGUUCUUUUAUUCCAAAAAAAAUAUUUUGGCACUUUUUAUUUUGAAAGCCAUAGUAUAUUUGUUAUGAAAAGAAUAUAAAUAUAUAUAUGUAUACAAUCAAAUAAACAGAUGACCAGAGGCUAGUUUUUUCAGUGGGGGGAGGAGCUCUCUUCCAAACAUCAUCUCAUUCACAUCCUCUGAAGAUCUCCUGCCACGAGGGCCCCCUGCUAACGCACAUCCGCAACGUUACAUACGCACACUUACACCGUAUGCUAUUUCAUAUCUUUUCAUUACAAACAUACUCCGUAUAGUUUACAAUAACUACGUCCACGUUGGACGUACGGCUCCUGUGCAUGGCCACCAGAGGGGGGGAACAACGUUGAAGCCAAAUCGGGCUGAACGUGGCUUUGAUUGGAAUUGAUUGUUUUUGAGCAAUGUCAUGCUUGAUCUAAAAGAUCGCUGCUUAAUGCUUCACCUAAGGAAGGGGUUAAUAUGUCCAGAGACCGUUGCCUCAGACAAACCUACAGGCAUGUUAUAGUUUAAUAUAUAUCUGAUGAAUUGAAUGGCUUUAAAAACAUAGAGCUGCCGUUUACAUGAGGAGCAGAAUCUAAGUGAAUUUCCUGCAGUUCAGCAUCCCCCGAUUCAACAUGUUCUUCUGAGCUAAUAGACAAAAUAAAAGAGGCUACCCCUAAAAAAAAAAAAAGCAUCAUGACAUUGUUUCAUAGAGGCUUUUUUCAUCCUGAAAUAAAGCCAGAGCUUUCUCCUCCCACUGUUGCUGUAAUGCCCCCCUGCUCCCUUGAUGGCAAGGCAGGGUAGACUGCAUGCUGUGGUAUGCCCUCAGUAGAAAUUUGUGAAUGUGUAGGAGCAUUAUUGCAAUUUUGUACUUAAUUGGACGCUUUUCUUUGCCACAUCUAGCUGAAGUCUCAUCCCCCUGAUUGGUUAAAUCAAAGGUUAUAGAAGCCAUAUGUUUGUGUUGUCCAUUUCUUUUCUUUUUUUUGGAUGGUCACUGAAUAAACCUUUUUCAGGUACACUUAAGUUUUCUGUUCAGGGUGAGGAUUGGUGUCCCUCUCUCCACUCCCAUUUAUGUCUCAAGAAAAAAAAAAAAGGUCUCAGAGCCAAACAUUUUCACUCUGAACUGCUGUAGAUCACCUCUGCAGAGGGGAAGCACAACGACAUGACGUGCCUGCACACAGACUUGUGUGUCAACAGUUGGAUGAGUCCCACUGAGGAGAUCCUUGUGUUUAACUGCAGAUGUUUUUAUUAAAAUGCAUGAUUUUAGAUCAAAUCAGAAGUUAGCCAUGCAGAUCUCAAAGCAGGAUUUGGUCUGAUCUGUUACUGUGUGCGUUGGUGUGUGCGUUAUCUCCAAGGGAAAUGGUGCCUUUUGGAUGAUUAAUGAUUUAAAUGAUAUAGACAAUAUAUCAGUUUGGUAAAAAGCAGAGAUAGGAUCAUCAAGAAAGUUAAGCUCUUAAUUAGAAUGACGCCUCAUAUAAAGGAGGGUUAAAUUUGAAUGUUUGGAAGUGGUAAUCGAUCCUGCUGUGUGUGCGUGCGUGCGUGUGUGUGUGUGUGUGUGAACGUGUGUUUAAUGAAUCCAUGUAUUGACGAGUGGUGAGGGCACUGGGGGCAAAGUUCAAAUCUCCAUAUUCAUGAGCACUUUGCCCCUAAUCCCUGUCAAUAGUGGCAAAAAUCAAUCCCGCCCUCAUCGCACUUCAUAGCUGUCAUUAGCUUUAAAUUCAUUUUUCCCUCACUCACACACACCAUGACACACACACACACACAGGUGACAGUGAAAACAAUGUUAACUUGGAGACGUACUGUGGGAGGUGAGAGAGUUGAGGCCUCUGUCAGCAGUCCAAUCCUCCCCUCUGCUGUUUCUACACAACACUUCUCCCCAUCAUCACCUCCUACUUUUUUUUUUAUCAUGCCAUCCACCGUUUAUUGCCUUUAUUUUUCUCUCGCUUUUAUUUUUUAAAAACGAAAUAUAUCAAAUAUAGGGAAACUUUAUUAUAAAGAGGGUGUUGCAUGAAUGUAUGUUUACAUGGGAAAUUAUGUAAAAAUAAAAAAAGAUGAUUUAUCAAAAAAAAAAGGAAAAAAAAAAACACAACAACCUGCAAAGAUAAUUUAAGAACGUUGUUCGUAGAGAUUCCUAGUUAUAAAGGGCAGUGGACAGGGCUGCGUCUUUACAACCUGCCUUGUCAAAUCUGACUUGAUCCCAGCCAACCAACUGCUCAAACCCCAUCAAACCCCAGUCCCAUCUUCACCUUAUUUACUCCCAUAAACCCGCCAUUUAUACUCCCCAAUAAAUGGAAAAACACCCUCCAUCCUCGGUGCACCUAUAAAGGAGGCUUUAUGACCUCUUGACCUCAGUUACUAUGGUCCUGGAUCCAAAGGAAAGUCCUGAGUCCGAUGGUGACCAAAAGUGUCAGGCGCACUCUGUUAACUUAUCGGGGAACACCUCCCAUUCUCGUCCCCCUCUCAUUUCAUCCACCCUCACCCUUUUUCUCCAAAAUCGCAUUAUUAUUCUAUGGUUUGAAUGUGUGUUAUGUUUUGAAUAUCUCGUUUGUGUGCACUUACAAUAAGACAUGUUUAAAAUGCCUAAAGAGUGAAGCAGAAUAUAGGAUUGAAAUGAAUUUGUACUCCAUUCUGACCUCUUAUUUUAUUUUAUUUUAUUUUUCUUGUCUUUUUUUUUUCUUUCUUUUCCUCUGUUGACAUAUGAUGCUGUAAUGUUGGCAAAAAAGAAAAAUGUAAAAUCCUGUAUCAUUUAUGAAAUAUGUAUAAAAGAGAAAUGUAAUUCAAUUAUCAAUAAAAUCCUUAUCCAGUUUUUGGA